AGCUUGUGCCCAGUUGCUCAUUUUGCCAAGACGAGUAGCUAGAGAAAUGCCAUUUGGAAAAAUGACAAGAAAGCUGCCCCCGAUUUCCUCAUCUCAGCCCCAGCAUACAACUUCCCGCUCUGUCCCCUCAUACUCUCGUUUCCCAACACAUCUUCCUCCCCUGCCUCCGAAAACUUCUGGCUGUCAGACUGUUCCCCAGUGCCGUCCACUUCCCUCAGUUUACAGCCCCACCUCUUUCCCACCUCUGACUAGAGUCAUCCCUUCUUGCUACCCUACCUUACCAGUUUCCCUGCCCAGCUCUUCCUCUGUUCCUUCCAGACCACCCCCUCGCCGCUCUGUUCAUCUCGCACCUCUUUCCUGUUACUGUUUUGUCUUGGCUCCUACUCCCCCUCCUAGCCCUUCUUUCUAGAUCCUUGGAGUCGGGUUCUCCCCAGCACUCCAACCAGCCCCAACCAGACCUCCAUGAUUCACAAAUCUCAUCCUGGAGGAAUGGUUUCCCAGCAAGUGGGACAGUUCUGGUACAGUCCAUAGGUGCUAGGACUGUGGAUCCCCAGGAGCCUGACCUGAUGAACAGCGGGAAUUUGAGAGAAUGGCCAGCCAACAUCCAUUUUGGAGGUUGGUUUCCGUGACCUAGGCCUCUGCAUCCGCUUCUAAUUGAGAUGGUAACACAGAGAUUUCAAGAGAAAUCUGCAACCUCAGACACUGGAUGAGAAAUUAGAGGGCCAGACCUCUUCAGCUUUUUCAGUACAUAGUCGGGGAGUUUAGAAGCACACUGAUGGCUUGGAAUGGCCCAAGGAAAUGACUGUCCAAGGUGAGGAUCAAUCAAGCCCAUUACCUCCGGGGUCUGCCGCUGGACGGCAUCCUUUCCUGACGGUAUGCAGGGGCAGUCCUAGUACCCAGGGUCUUGAGAAGCUGGGGAAGGAGAUGGCAGUCUCCCCGCACCUGCAAGCCAUCCAGGGCAUUGAGAAGUAGUUGGACGGAUCUGAUCGGAGCCCCGCCACAGUCAUGGCCGGUCGCCAAAAGGAGGUGAUCAUCGAUGAGGUCCAUCAGAACCAGAUCCUGCGCGAAUUGUACCUCAAAGAGCUUAGAACCCAGAAACUCUACACAGAGUACCGCGUGAAUCCCCUCCUCAAGGUUCACACAAUCACCAGAAAGCCCAUGUCUUGGCAUGAUAACCUGGAGGAACCUGAAGAUGCCAGGUUUCUAAAUCUUCUUCACCAUGCUGCCCUGGGGCCAAGGAAGAAAUACCCAGAGACACAGACUGAAAGCCAAGAAAUCGGAUGGGACUCAGAGCCCUUGCACCAGCAAAUGUGGCUGUUUUCUGGGGUCUGCUGGAACCUUUGCCUGUGGGGAGGCUGCACAACCUCUACCAAAUGUCCUCCCAGCUGGGGAACUGCCUCUCCCCAUGUGGCCCAAGGACCCCUCGGAUCUCGCUGUCUGUUCCUGGGGAUUCGCCCUUCCCACCAGAGGUCUAUCAGAUGUGUACUGAAUCCCUAGUGCAUGCUGGAUACUGUUCUAGGUGCUGGGGAUAAGCAGUGAGUGCCCACCCUCGUGGAGCAUACAUUCCAGCAGUCCACAGGCGUGGCCUCCAACUCAAGCCUGGGAAGGGCAAGAGCAGCCACGUUGCAUAUAGGUACUCUCAUUCAGUCCUACGACUGUUUUGAUGCAAUUGCUGUCAUCUCCUUUUCCCAAACAAGGCUGAGCAAGGAGAAGCCUCCAGUGCUUUUGGGGCCCAGGUCCAUCCAACUACGGACCCAUGUCAUCCCCCCUCUCCAGAAGCUUCCUUCUGACACCCGUG